GUAGAAGGAAGCAGCAGGCUCAUGCCGUGUAACCCCCUGCAGGAUGGGUUGUGGCUGGGAGGAGGGUGUAGCUCUUCCUUCCCUAGUUAUUCCAGCGGGCUGCACGGCUAACGCCGCCUGCUGAACGUUUCCCGCCGCUGCUGGCUGCCUGCAGGGGGGAGCGCGGUCCGGGCUCCCGUUUCGGGGGCGCUGCGGAAGCGUGUCCCCGAGAAGCCGAGGUCCAAUAGUGUGAAGAACAAUCUUUGUUUCACUUGAAUUAAACUCCAUGCCGAUUCCGUGCUGCAAAUCUCCAGUCGCUCAAAGAUGAUGUUAGAAGGAGCAGCCUCUUCCUAUCUUAACAAUGGAAGGUCAGUCUUGUGCUAACACAGAGAUUAUCCAGCAAGUAGCCUCCGGAUCAAGUCCUCCACCCUUCCUUAACUUGCUGAAAAUACAUCGAGAACUUUUAGUCAGCAAAAUCCGAAACACCCAGUGUUUGAUUGACAACUUGAUUAAGAAUGAAUACUUCUCUACUGAAGAUGCAGAGAUUGCUGCACAGUUUCCUACUCAAGCCGACAAGGUUCGUAAAAUUCUGGAUCUGGUUCGAAGCAAAGGAGAAGAAGUUUCAGAAUAUUUCAUCUACAUCCUGCAAGAGGUCUCUGAUGCGUAUUACGAACUACAGCCUUGGUUGGAUGAAAUAGAAUUCCACCCUUCACAGACUAUUCAAAAUAAACCUGUUGUAAAUACAGAUCCAGUCAGCAGGUACCGUCAGAAACUCAAAUAUGAAUUGGCAAGAGACACAAAGUUUGUUAUGUCGUAUGCUCAGAAGGAGGAAAUGCUGCUGGAGGAAACCUAUGCUGCUAGUCUUAUCGAGCUGGUCAGUUAUACCAAUGAGAGCCUAGGCAAGGUGAGCUGCCUAGAAGAGCUGUUUGAUGAUAGAAUUGGGUUAAUUAACGAAGAUGGAGAGACGAUCUAUGUCUUUGGUGAUGCAGGUAUUGGAAAAUCCAUUUUGCUGCAAAAGAUGCAAAAUCUUUGGGCCAGAGGAGAAUUGGAUGUAGGUGCCAAAUUUUUCUUCCGGUUCAGGUGCAGGAUGUUUAGCUGUUUUAAAGAGAAUGAAGCCAUCUGUUUGAAGGAUCUCCUGUUCAAAUACAACUGUUACCCAGACCAGGACCCCGAGGAGGUAUUCAACCACAUCCUGCACUUCCCUCAUACAGCCCUCUUCACGUUUGAUGGUUUUGAUGAGAUCCAUUCCGACUUUGACCUGAGCAGCAUCCCCGAGAUCUGCUCACCCAGUGAACCUACCCACCCUCUUGCCCUGUUGGUGAAUCUUCUCAGUGGAAAGGUUCUUAAGGGAUCAAGGAAAGUUCUGACAGCAAGGACAGGAACUGAGAUCCAUCAAAACAUCAUUAGGAAGAAAGUACUGCUCCGAGGGUUUUCCAGCAAUAACCUGAAGGAAUACACUAAGAAAUUCUUCAGAGACGAGGAGUGUCGGGUAUUGAUGUCGAACCAGCUGGAAGCAAACCCCAGUCUCUGCAGUUUGUGUUCGGUGCCUUUGUUUUGUUGGAUUAUCUUUAAAUGCUUUGAACUCUUCCAUUCCAUGUUUGACAGUCAGGAGCUUCCAAACUACUCAGUUACACUCUCCGAUGUUUUUUUGCUCAUGACUGAAGUUCACUUGAACCGAACUCUGAAAACAAAUUUGAUGAAGAAGAACACCAGGAGCCAAGUGGAGACAUUCAGGUCAAAAAAGGAAACUCUGUUCUCUUUGGGUAAAAUAGCACACAUGGGGUUGGAGAAGUCUCUCUUUAUCUUUGACCAGGAGGAAGUCACAUCUUUGAACAUGUCAGAGCAGGAUUUGCACUUGGGAUUCCUCAGGACGGUUCAUGACUGCGGUGGCUUUGGAGACCAGUCCUCCUAUGAGUUCUUGCACUUGACCCUGCAGUCUUUUUUCACAGCUUUGUUCCUAGUUACUGAAGAGAAAUUGGGUACAAAGGAGUUACUGAAGUUUUUCGCAGAGUGCUCUUCCACUGAGACCGCCCCGUCUACUUGUCUCCCUAUUUCCUGGUUGCGCAAACACUCUAUAGGAGAAGAUCCUUUCCGAAAUAAAGAACAUUUCCACUUCACCAAUCUUUUCCUCUGUGGUCUGCUCUCCAAAGACAAGGAGAAGCUCAUCAGACAUUUAGUUUCGCCUGCAGCCAUUAAGAGGAAGAGAAAUGCGCUCAUCACAUAUCUCUUAGAAAGCAUGAAAUUUCAAUUGCAGAGCCUGAUACGGGCAAGACAGAAGGGUUAUAAACAGAUUCAGGUCCUGCCCAAUUUUGUUUGGAUGCUGAGGUGCAUUUAUGAGACUCAGAGUGAAAAACUAGCCAAGCUGACUGUCAGGGGCAUGAGGGCCAACUACAUCAAACUCACCUAUUGCAAUGCCUAUUCGUCGGACUGCAGCGCCAUAUCCUUUGUGAUGCAGCACUUUCAGAAGCAUCUGGGUCUGGAUCUAGACAACAAUAACAUCAAUGACUAUGGAGUAAAACAACUUCUACCUUGUUUUAACAAGCUUGCGGUGAUCAGGCUGAAUGUUAAUCAGAUCACGGAUCAUGGAGUAAGAGUACUAUACGAUGAGCUCUCCAAGUACAAAAUUGUGACUUACCUGGGCUUGUACAACAACCAAAUUACUGAUGUUGGAGCCAAAUACGUUGCAAGACUCAUUGAAGAAUGUUCAAGCCUCACAUAUGUUAAAAUAGGAGCAAACAAGAUAACCACGGAAGGAGGGAAAUGUCUUGCCCUUGCUAUCCAGAAGAGCAAAACGAUGUAUGACAUUGGGAUGUGGGGUAACCAGGUUGGAGAUGAAGGAGCGAAGGCGUUUGCAGAGGCGCUGAGGAAUCACCCCUCCUUAACGAAUGUGAGUCUUGCAUUCAAUGGCAUCACGCCAGAGGGAGGCAAAAGCAUUGCCGAAGCUUUGAAGCACAACAACACCGUGAAAAUAUUUUGGUUGACUAAAAAUGCAAUAGAUGACGAAGCUGCAGAGAAUUUUGCAGAGAUGCUGAGAGUCAACAAGAAGCUAGCGCAUUUAUGGCUUAUCCAGAAUCAGAUUACAGCCAAAGGGGCCAAAUUCCUCAGCGAAGGUCUCCAGGAGAACACGACCAUUAAAGAAAUCUGCUUAAAUGGGAACCCGAUCAACCAAGAAGAGGCCAAAGCCUUUGAAGAGCGGAUUAUUUGCUUUUGAGGGUGUUCUUUCCAGUUUGGUCAAGCUGAGUAUUACAAGUCCUGUUCCAGCACUUGGAGACUGCAGGGUUACCAAGGCAUCCAGCUGCACUGGGGACGUCACAGCAUGUAAGAGAGUCUGAUUAACUGGCUUUUUCAGAACACUCUGCCCUUCCCCUGCCAGUAAGGUGCCUGUGUUGUUACUCCACCCUUCUGCUGAGUGGGACGGUGCCUUAGAGAACUACAGCAAAUUGUCUAAACACCCUACAAAAGUGCUAUGUCCGCGUAAUCAAACCAAACCCCUGGCAGCUCUAUGUACUUUGAUACAUGGAUAUAGAUGUAUUAUGUAAAUAAGUCUCUUUAUAGCUUAUUUAUAUGCAUAAUUAAGGGUGCAAGAGCCACAAGCUCACAGCAGUAUCCCCAGUGGACUGAGGAAAAGCUUGUGAGAUCCUGAGUAGAACUGUAAGCCAUCCAUGCCAGGCAUUUUCUGCUGUUGCCUUCAGCACUGAUACUCGUUCCUGUCUGGUACCUGAGGUCUAAUUUUCCCAUCAAUUGUCAAUGGAGGUGUGAGUGCUCAACAGGGCCGGCUUAAAGCCGAUUCGGCCGAUUCCCCAGAAUCGGGCCCCGCACCUUAGAUGCCUUUUUAAUUAUUUUUUUUACUCACCCUGGCAGCGGUCCGCUCCGCCGUGGUCUUUAGCGGCCCCGCUCCCCUGGCCAGAGCGCUGGUCGGAGCACGGCAAGCCCUGUGGCCCCGCUCUCCUGGCCGGAGCUCCAGCCAGAGGGCGGUGGCCCCGCGACCCCAGCCGGAGCGUGGCAAGCCCCGCAGCCCCACUCUCCUGCCUGGAGCUCCAGCCAGAGGGCGGUGGCCCUGUGGCCCCACAACCCCAGCCAGAGCCCCCAGCCCUGUGACCCCGGCCAGAGCGCUGCA